AUGGCUACAUCCACAAAGUUUAUGCGAGAGUACAAGCUCGUCGUUGUUGGUGGCGGUGGCGUCGGUAAAUCUUGCCUUACCAUCCAAUUGAUUCAGAGCCACUUUGUCGACGAAUACGAUCCCACCAUCGAAGGUAACACCAGAUGCCUCCUCCCUGCCCUCCGCGCCCUUGGAUUUUCCGUCGCGCUGACCAAUUUCUCUUACUCAGACUCCUACCGCAAGCAGUGUGUCAUUGACGAAGAGGUUGCUCUUCUCGAUGUUCUCGAUACCGCUGGCCAAGAAGAGUACAGUGCCAUGCGAGAGCAAUACAUGCGCACAGGCGAGGGUUUCUUGCUCGUCUACUCCAUCACCUCCCGCCAGAGCUUCGAGGAAAUUACCACAUUUCAACAACAAAUUUUGAGAGUCAAGGACAAGGACUAUUUCCCCAUGGUUGUCGUGGGCAACAAGUGUGAUCUUGAGGGCGAGCGCGAGGUUUUCAGACAUGAGGGUGAGGCUUUGGCCAGAUCGUUCAACUGCAAAUUCAUCGAAACCUCGGCCAAGUCAAGAAUCAACGUCGACCAAGCCUUCUACGACAUUGUCCGCGAGAUCCGCCGCUUCAACCGCGAAAUGCAAGGCUACUCCACCGGUAGCGGAGGCGGCUCUGGCCUUAAUGGUCCCGCCAAGCAGAUGGACAUUGACGAUGGCGGAAGAGAGGCCGGCUGCUGCGCCAAGUGUGUCAUCAUGUGA